AUGGGGAUAAUUAUAUUCCAAAUUUUUGUAGUUUACUUGUUUUUGUUGGUUAGCUCCUCAGCCCAAAAUAAUGUUCCUGCUGUUUUCACUUUUGGCGAUUCCUUGGUUGAUGUGGGGAACAACAACAACCUUCAAACUAUAGCUAAGGCAAAUUAUUUCCCACAUGGAAUUGAUUUUGGGAAUAACCCAACAGGAAGAUUUUCAAAUGGGAGAACAAUUAUUGACAUUAUUCAACAGGAAGUGGGUUUGAAAAAUUUUACUCCACCUUACUUGGCUCCAACUGCUGCUGGAGACAAUCUUCUACAAGGUGUCAAUUAUGCUUCCUCUGCCUCUGGAAUUUCCAAUUUCACUGGAUUUUUCUUUGGUGAUCGAAUCAGUUUUGACACGCAAAUCAGUGACCAUGGGACAACUGCGCUAGCUAUCAUGUCAAGGAUCGGCAUUCCAGCAGCUCAAAAAUUAUUGAGAAAAGCAAUUUAUGUGGUUGUAAUUGGCUCUAACGACAUAAUGUUCAAGGAGUCUGCACCCAUUGCUAUGUCAGAAGAAGCUUAUAUGGAUUUCUUGAUUUCAAGACUCAAAUUAGCACUUACGACACUCUACAACUUGGAUGCUAGAAAGAUUGUGGUAAGCAACGCUGCACUUGUUGGCUGUAUCCCAUUUGAGAAAGACAUACAUCCAGUUGAGAAGGGAAGUUGUGCUCGUGUGCUAAAUAAGAUGGCCCAGAUAUACAACAACAAGUUGAAGGGCAUGCUUGCAGAGCUUAACAAAGAGCUUCAAGGGGCAAAGUUUGUUUACGCAGAUAAUUAUCGAAUAUUGCAAGAUCUCACCCAAAAUUAUGCUUCAUAUGGAUUUGAGGUUGCAACUUCUGCAUGCUGUGCGAUUGCCGGGAGACGAGGGGGACUGGUACCCUGCAAUCCUUUAUCUAAAGUUUGUCCCGACAGAUCAAAGUAUGUAUUCUGGGAUCCAUUUCACUUGACGGAUGCUGCUUGUGUUGUUGCAACAAGGCAUAUUAUGGAUGGCGACUUAACUUAUAUGUCACCUAUGAAUUUGAGACAGCUUGUGCAAUCUUGA